UCUGUGCUACUUCAAACAUGGCGGCUGCUAGAUCACUCUUCACCGGUUUUAUCAGAAACCAUAAGAAAACAAAUGGGUUAGUACAAAGAUUUACAUCUUCAGUUGUUACGAAACCCGAAAUGGGUCCGGAAGAUGACCCGGAUUAUUCGGGUGGGAGUGAUUUGAGGAGUAGGAUUUUCAGGCUUAGAUUACCCAAACGUAGUGCAACUAAUGUGAUUGAGAAAUGGGUUAAUGAAGGAAAUCAGAUUACGAUACAUGAUCUUCGUCAGAUUUCGAAAGAAUUGAGGAAAGAACAUCGGUUUAAACAUGCUCUUGAGUUGUCCGAGUGGAUGGUUUCACGUGGAGAGUUCGAAUUAUCUGACUCAGACUAUGCAUUCCGUAUCGACUUAAUGGCCAAAGUUUUUGGUAUAGAUGCUGCCGAACGCUAUUUUGAAAGUCUACCUCUCAGUGCCAAAACAACUGAAACUUACACUGCUCUUCUUCAUUGUUAUGCCGCAUCAAAAUUAACAGAUAAGGCAGAAGAUCUCUAUGAAAGGAUGAAAGAGUCUAAUAUUCCAUUGAGUGCAAUGAUAUACAAUGAGCUAAUGACAUUAUAUACGUCAGUUGGACUAGCGGAAAAGGUCUCUUUGGUUGUUGAAGAAAUGAAAAAGCAGAAUGUUUCUCCAGAUAUUUAUACUUACAACCUGUUGAUAAGUUCGUGUGCUUCAGCUUUACAGAUUGAUGACGUUAGAAACAUUCUUGAUGAAAUGGCUGCUCGUGAGCUUGGCCCGAGUGAGAGUUGGGCAAGGUAUGUGAAUCUUGUAAAAAUCUAUCUUACAUCAGGUCAACUAGUCGAUUCAAAGGUUAACUCUGUUGUUGAAAUUGAGAAGGGUAUCACACAAAGAGAAUGGAUAACUUAUGACUUUCUUAUUAUACUUCACUGUGCUUUGGGAAAUAAGGAUACACUUGAUCGAAUAUGGAGAUCCUUAAAAAUGACUAACCAAAAAAUGAUCAGCAGAAACUAUGCAUGCAUAUUAUCUGCAUAUUUGAUGCUUGGCCAUUUCAAUAAGGUUGAUGAAGUGAUUAGUCAAUGGAAGACAUCUGCUACAACCGACUUUGACAUGUCUGUAUGUGAUAGGCUUACAAAUGCAUUUGAAGAAGUUGGAAUGAACGAAAAGGCUUCAUCUUUCCGUGUGUUGCUCAGAGACAUGUGACCCGCAACGAACUCAAGCCAAGUAAGCUUUUAUCUGCUAAAAAUGCUUACUGCACUCCUUAGUUAUGUGUCUGCAAUCUCUUUGGUAACCAUAUGAAAGUGCUCAAUAUUGAUUACUUGUUAGAAGUGGCGUAUUGGCAUGGAUUCCAUGCAUUCUUGGGAGUUUUGAUCACAGAGAUUAGUCAUCCUGCAACAUCCUUUCCUUUUUCUGUUUAAAAGGGAAAUUAUUUUCAAAUAUCCAAUGGGUCGGUUUUAUACCAUCUACCUUAUCUCAGGCGAGCCUUAAUUGUAUCCUUUAGUUUGUAAAACCAGUUAAAUCAUGGCAUGUAUGAUGUAUCAUUAUAGGCAUAUGAAUAACUUUCCCUGCUAUACCCCGACGCAAACGGAUACAUAUACUGUUAGUCUGUCACACGUUACAUGCCUUCAUGUUCAUGGUAGUUUAGUAUCGUGUUCAUCAAGAAUUAUUGAAAGUUGGGUUUAAUAAUUGUGUUUAUUUGAAAGGUAUCUUUCAACA